AUGGCCGAGACUCAUGCCCAUGCCCGGACCGAUCCCAAGGACAAGACCAAGGACAAGACCAAGGACAAGACCAAGGACAAGGCCGAGGACAAGGCCGAGGACAUACCGUCCACAAAGACCAAUGAUGAUGGCCAUGGUGCUGGCCAUGGCCAUGUCGCUGCUGGUGAUGAUGGCGGGCGGGAGGAGGGCGGAUCGGGGCAAGAGAGCAAGGUGCUGGCGCUGCAGGGCGUGGGGAUGGUGCCGGUGGACGAGAUGACGGUGGCGGUGGUGGUAGAGGAUGGGAGUGCAAGGGCAGGCUCGCUCUCGCUGGCCGAUGCCUCCGCUGGUGCCAUCGAGGUCGCUCUGGCCGACUACUCCGCCAAGCAGAUCGAGGCCCGUGUCGCGCCGAGGACAGAGGCGCGUACCCUCGCUGCCUGGGCAUACAUCCUCCGCAAGGGCCCCAAGGCGGACAUCCCGCCGCGCGUUCUCACCCGCAUCGCCAACGCCUACCUCAACAACACCAUCCCGAACAUCGCCACGCUUGUUGAGCCUGCUCCCGAGCCCGUCGAGCCCGUCGAGCCCGUCGAGCCCGCCGAGCCCGCUUGCUCAGUCUCGACCUCGGUCUCGUCAGCCUCAGACUCGGCUUCUGAGUACAUGCCCGGCUCGGGCUCCAGCAGCUACGAGUCGUCGGCAAGCUCGGGCUCGAGCUCGAGCUCGGACUCGGGCUCGGCGAGCUCGUCCGAUCGAGCGUCGCCGCCGAUCCUCCGCCCGCGCCGUCGCACCGCUCGCCUCCUCGAUCCGUUUGCCACCCUCCAUCGCUCGUCGUCUGACCCGUCGUCGCCGCCGCCGGCCACUCCGCUCCCGCCGUCGCCGUUGCCGUCGCCGUCGCCGUUGCCGUCGCCGUCGCCGUUGCCUGCGGCCAACAAGCCGCUCCCGCCGCCGGCCGAUCCGCUCCCACCCGACGCGCCGCACGCACUGCUCUUUAUCGCACCAGGUGGGCCCAAGGACGUUGGCCUGGCCCUGGUCUCUGACGUCCACUUUCUCCUCCACCUCAUCCCCGUCACCGUCCCGCCCACCCUUGUUGAGCCCGCCGCCGCCGUCGCUUCCACCGUCGCCGCCACCGACCCCACACCCACCUCUGGCCGCAAGCGCAAGCGCAAGCGCAAGCGCAAGUCCUCGCCCGCAUCCGCGCCCGCGCCCGCCCUCCCGUUGCCACCCGCCCCGCCGCCACGCAAGCGCCGGCGGCGGCUUUCGCGGCGGCGGUUUGCGGAUCUGGCCGCCACGCCGGCGUCUGUAGACGACUUUGCGCGGCUGUCGACCCGACCCGAGUUGAGCGCCGACCGAGUGGCCGAGCUCCUUGCCAGCGCGUGGCUCUCGCGCCGGAUCGAGGGCGUUGUCGCCGGCACCACCCCGCACACACCCAAUCUCACGGCCUGGGGCGACGUGACCCGCCGCGAGCAGUCGGCCAUCACCGCUGCGCUCCGCGACCGCUACCCCGACGCUGAUCCGGAGCUCCUUGCCACCACCGUCGCUCACUUUGUCGCCACCACCCUCGUCUCCUACCACUACAUGCCGCUCCCUGCCGAGCUGCCGGAGCUCAUGUCUGCCACCUGGGUCCGCACAUGA